UGGAAAUCACUUUCCAGAGACACGGCCUCCCCGGCAUGGCGGUGCCCGUUUGGAGCGAGUUCGUUUACUCUGUGCUGUGGCCGGGGCGGGGGUCUGGGCUAUAGGCAGAUAGCGUUUAGUUCCACCAUGUUUGGGAACCUAUUUGAAGAGGAUUAUUCCAGUGUGUCAAGUAGUCACACUGGAAGAGGGAAGAAAUUAAAGACUAAAGGUUUGGAGCCGCCUGCCCCUAGAGAAUUCACCAAUUUAAGUGGAAUCAGAAAUCAGGGUGGAACCUGUUACCUCAGCUCCCUUCUUCAGACGCUUCAUUUCACACCUGAAUUCAGAGAAGCUUUAUUUUCUCUUGGUCCAGAAGAGCUGGGUUCUUUAAAGGAUAAAGAUAAACCUGAUGCAAAGGUUCGGAUCAUACCUUUGCAGUUGCAGCGCUUGUUUGCCCAGCUUCUGCUCUUGGACCAGGAGGCUGCAUCCACCAUAGACCUCACCGACAGCUUCGGGUGGACCAAUGAUGAGGAAAUGAGGCAACAUGAUGUGCAGGAACUUAACCGAAUUCUCUUCAGUGCUUUGGAAACUUCUUUAGUUGGGACCUCUGGCCAUGACCUCAUUCAUCGUCUAUACCAUGGCACCAUUGUGAACCAGAUUGUUUGCAAAGAGUGUAAGAACAUCAGUGAGAGGCAGGAAGAUUUCUUGGAUUUGACAGUAGCAGUCAAAAACGUAUCUGGUUUAGAAGAUGCACUCUGCAACAUGUAUGUAGAGGAAGAAAUUUUCGACUAUGACAACUUGUACCACUGUGGAACCUGUGACCGACUAGUUAAAGCAGCAAAGAGUGAACUAGAUGACAUGGAAUAUAUGUAUGACCUCUUCUCCAUCAUUAUCCACAAAGGUGGCUGCUAUGGAGGUCAUUACCAUGUGUACAUUAAAGAUGUUGAUCAUCUUGGCAACUGGCAAUGUCAGGAGGAGAUAAGUGAUACAGAUGUGAAUUUGAAAGCUCCUCAGAGUGAAGAAGAGGCUAAUGAUCCAUUGGUGGUUCUAAAAACAAUCUUAUUGCAGGAGGAGGCCAAUCAAAUUCCUGUUGAUCAGCUGGGCCAGAAACUCUUGAAAAGAACAGGAAUAUCUUGGAACAAGAAGUACAGGAAACAGCAUGGACCACUGCGAAAGUUCUUACAGCUCCAUCCUCAGAUAUUUCUGCUCAGCACAGAUGAAAGUACAGUUAGUCUCCUGAGGAACCACUUUACCCAGGCCCCAUCUGAUCUACAGAACUGUGAACAGAUGCUACAUACACUUGCUUCAGAAUCCCCAGGCUUAAAUGAUGACACCAGUUGCCCACACUGGUUUGAUAUCAAUGAUUCCAAAGUCCAUCCAAUCAGAGAGAAAGAUAUCACACAGCAGUUCCAGGGUAAAGAAAGUGCCUACAUGCUGUUUUAUCGGAAAGCCACGUUGCAAAGGCCCUCUGAAGCUCGAGCCAAUCCAAGAUACAGAGUUCCAUGUCAUUUGCUGAAGGAAAUGGAUGCAGCCAACGUUCUACUGCAGAUGAGAAGGGCAGAAUGGGACUCUGCAAACAGUACUUUUGAGUUGCAUCUCCACUUGGGUCCUCACUACCAUUUCUUCAAUGGGGCUCUUCACCCUACAGUCUCUGAGACAGAGAGCGUGUGGGACUUAACAUUUGAUAAAAGAAAAACUUUAGGAGAUCUCCGUCAGUCAAUAUUUCAGCUAUUGGAAUUUUGGGAAGGAGACAUGAUUCUUAGUGUUGCGAAGCGUGUGCCAGCAGGACUUCAUGUGUACCAUACCCUCGAUGGAGAUGACCUGACACUGUGUGAAGCUGAGGUUGCUGAUGGGGAAGACAUCUUUGUAUGGAACGGGGUAGAGGUUGGUGGAGUCCAAAUUCAGACUGGUUUUGAUUGUGAACCUCUGCUGUUAAACAUUCUUCAUCUAGAACUAAGGGGUGAAGGCUCAAAGUGUGAGCAGUUGGUGGAGUCACCACAUGUCUUUCCCGCUAAUGCAGAAGUGGGCACUGUGUUCACAGCCUUGGGCACCCCAGUAGGUGUCAUCCUCAUGAACAGUGUGGAGUCUGCAGAUGAAGAGUGCUGGACUGCUAUUUCCAAAGAAGACAUGAAGAAGACAUUCAGAGAACAAGGUCUCAGAAAUGGAAGCUUAAUUUUGGUUCAGGAUUCAGACAGUGAUAAUAACAGUCUGUUGCCCAAACAAGGGAGAUGGACCAACAGCAUGAAUGAACUCAACUGGCUCCAAGUGAAAAAUUUCUGCCAGUCAGAAUCUGAAGAGAAGCAGGUUCAGAUAGCCGUGACCAUGCACACAGUGGUGUUUGAUAUUCGAAUUAAAGCCAUAAAGGAAUUAAAAUUAAUGAAGGAACUAGCUGAGAACAGCUGUUUGAGACCCAUUGAUAGAAACGGGAAGCUUCUUUGUCCAGUCCCAGACAGUAGCACUUUGGAGGAAGCAGAGGUGAAGAUGGGAAGCUCCGUGGGACUGUGUCUGGGAAAAGCACCAACCUCCUCUCAGCUGUUCCUGUUUUUUGCUCUGGGGACUGACAUUCACCCUGGGGCAGAGAUGGAAGUCAUAGUAGAAGAAACACUCUCAGUGAGAGAUUGUUUAAAGAUAAUGCUGGAGAAGUCAGGUCAGCAAGGAGAGAUGUGGCACUUAAGGAAAAUGGAUUGGUGCUAUGAAGCUGGUGAGCCUUUAUGUGAAGAGGAUGCAACACUGAAAGAGCUUAUGAUACGUUCUGGGGAUACUUUGCUUUUAACUGAAGGAAAACUUCCUCCUCCGGGUCAUUUGAAGAUGCCCAUCUGGUGGUACCAGCCUGCAAGGCUGUCAGGACACCGUGAGAGUCAGGACCAUUUAAACUGUACCUUUUCUCAAGGUAGCAGCUGGGGGGCUGCUCCCACCCAAGGUGCUCCUGGUCCCCAGCCUGCAGAAGUCUCUCUCCUCUAUUUGGGGGAUAUGGAGAUCUCAGAAGAGGCCACAUUGGUGGAACUGAAGUCUCAGGCCAUGGCCUUGCCUUCUGUUUCGAAGCUCGCUGUCCAGUCCAUAGCCCUGCUCAGAGUCUGGACAGUGGAGAACAAGCGCCCCAGCAGGCUCUUGCGCACUAACUGGCGGCAGCUCAAGGAGUACAGACUGGGCCGGAGAGCAGAGCUCUGCCUAGAGCUCCUUCAAAAAGAGGAGGACUUGGGGCCCCGAGAUGUACUGCUGAGGACACAGCUACGCAUCCCUGGUGAGAGAGCCUACUCCCUGGCGACAGACCUGGUAUGGGACACCACCAGAGGAUGGACUGCUGGCUCCUUGAGGCAGAGAGUGGCUGACUUCUAUUCUCUUCCUGUGGAGAAAAUUGAAAUUGCCAAAUAUUUUCCUGAAAAGUUUGAAUGGCUUCCAAUAUCUAGCUGGAAUCAGCAAGUUGCCAAAAGGAAAAAGAAGAAAAACCAAGAUACUUUGCAAGGGGGACCAUAUUACUUGAAAGAUGGAGACACUAUUGGCAUUAAGAAUCUCCUGUUUGAUGACAAUGAUGAUUUCAGCACAAUCAGAGAUGACAUUGGAAAGGAAAACCAGAAGCGGCUAGCUCUGGAAAAAAAGAAAAGCCGAGAAGUCCAUCGUGCACAGAGCAGCGAUGUGUUCUCCAAUGCAGCGAUGCCCACUAGGUUCCGGGGACCAGAAGCUUCUCUGUCCAUCCAUGUUGCAAGCUUCAGAUAGCCCCUGCAGCAGUAUUUCCUGUGCUCCAGAUAGAACCGUCCUGCCAGUUCUAUGACAGACACCUUGUGGGUUUAUGGUGGACAAGCUGGUUGCCUCCACAGCCAGUGAUCUCAAGUCUUCAGCUUUGUGACAGGCGAAGGGAUGGCACUUCUCAGACCAAGCAAGUGCACCUACCUGGUUACUAGCUCUGUAACACAGCGGCUGCAGAGCCGGCUCAGACCCAGACACUAUGCCCGGAAUAGACCUUACAUGUGGCCUGUGGCCUCUUCCCAGAAAGUAUACUUCUGGACAAUGGCAAGUUGCUCAAAGAGGACAAAUCUGAUAGGUAAGCCACAAGAUCAGCUACUUACCCACUCUUGAGGUGACCAGCUAGUCAUCUAGUUCUGGCACCUUACUGAAGGAAGCUGCAAGGAAGGAUGUGUGUCCUGACUUCAUUCCCAGUUCCAGCCCUCACUAUGCCAUGUGCCUCCUCUUGAGCCAAAUUCAAAGUAGGACUCUAAGCCAUCUGUGCAGGAAAAGCUACGUAUGGCACUCACCUGCUGUGUUGUCUACCACCUACACACUCUGGAAGGAGUCAGGACCAUCAAAGAUGCCUAGCACAACAAACCCAGGCUCCUAUUUGUCUUGGGGAAAAUGAGGCGUCUUCCUUCUCAGUCAGCACAGGUUGAAGAGAUUUGGUAUUUAUGUACUGUAAUUAAUGCACUAUCAAAACAGCAUCUAUUACUGAACUAGCAGGUUUAGGCCCUGGGCUGACUUAGCCUGUGACAGACAGUAUUCCUAAGAGGAGUUGUCAGGGCAUCACUCUCUUAUCAGCUCUUACAUGUCUCCCUGUAACAGAACUCAUGUGCUGUAAGACAAAGAAAGUUACUCUGGCCUGGGCUUCAGCUAGCCCCUGCUGGCUUUUCACAUUUCUGGUGCAGCUAUGCUGGCUUCUCUGUGAAGCUGAGGCUCAGCUGGUAAUCCUGUUCUUCAUCUUCCCAACACCAUUUGCCAGAGUCAGUGUCAUGUUAGGUGACUGCUUCUAUUGAAGCACUUGUAUUAUAAGAUGUUGGACUUGGACUAGUUACCUUUUCUGGCCAUGUCCUUCUAGCUACACACCAAGGGGUUCUGGGAGACCCAAACAGUAAACAUUACUUGACCACAACUGAGCCCUCUGGAUACUGGCUACUGUUUCUUGUACUGUAACUGACAUAGUUCCUUAGUUUGUCCCCAGCCUCUGGCAAUACAGUACUGAUGUACCAGCUCAGACACUUUGCUUUCAGGAAGCCAGAGGCUCCCUGAUCCUCUUAGUACCUGGAGGAGCCAGAAGACAUGCCUCAAGUGCUGGCUGCAGCCCAAGUCUGUUGACAAGCCUAUUUGGUUGGUUUCUUGUUUGUUUGUUUGAUAGACAAAACAGGGAAAAACACUAAGACCUUAUUAAAGAAAAAAAAUAAAACAUUUUUAAAGUUGCAGUCCUCAACUCUGUCAUAUACUGCCGACUUGUGCUCUGCUGCUUGAGGAACUUGUAUGACUUUUUCUUCAAGCAGCAGAACUUUCUUUUUUCUCUAGACAUUCAACAAUCAUGAGUUAUAUUAGAAACAUUGAUUUUGGAAAUAAGUAUAUUUUAGCUUAAAAUAAAUGUAUA